GCUGCGCUUUUGCGCUCCAUACAGCCAAACUCACGGACGCGCACGAUCAAUCGCCGCGCAUCGGUGCCUGCGCACUGGCCGAGGACUAUAUCGCAAGAGACAACUGGAACACUAAGAUUUCUGUUUGAAUUUUUUUAUAAACCGCCUUUUAUAAUUUCAUCUCUUUGGGAAAUUUUCAGAUUUGUUUCCUUUGCGCGAUGGAAAAGAUGUCUCGACCUCUUCCUGUAAACUCAACUUUCCUACCUCCGACCCACGGCGUCCUGAAAUCCCUGCUGGAGAACCCGACGAAACUGCCCUUUCACCAAGCUGAGGGUUUUGGGAAAGAAAAAGAGAAGGAGAAGAAGCUGGAGGAUGACGGAAACGGUCUCAACGCCCCUCAGUCCGCCUUCCUGGGCCCGACUCUGUGGGACAAGACCCUGUCCUACGAUGGCGAUAACUUCCAGCUGGAAUAUAUGGAUUUAGAAGAGUUCCUCACUGAGAACGGUAUCCCUGCCAACCAUCAGAGCCAGAAUCAUCCUUCCCAGCAGCCCCAGCCCCCCUCCGCCCCGCCCACACCUUCCGUGGUGGAUCUCAGUAACCGGGCCACCACGUCCGUGCAGACCGGGAUGGUCGCCCAGAACUGCCUCCAGAGCCCCGACAGAGCAGUUCAUCGCAGCUCACGUGACACGCCCAGUCCAAUAGAUCCGGACUCAAUCCAGGUGCCGGACGGGUACGAGCCUGACCCCGCUGACCUCGCCCUGUCCAGCGUCCCGGGUCAGGAAAUCUUUGACCCCCGCAAGCGCAAAUUCUCCGCAGAGGAGCUUAAGCCCCAACCCAUGAUCAAGAAGGCACGCAAAGUCUUCAUUUCCGAAGACUUGAAGGACGACAGAUACUGGUCGCGUCGCAGAAAGAACAACAUCGCGGCGAAACGCUCGCGCGAUGCUCGCCGGCUCAAGGAGAACCAGAUCGCCAUCCGCGCGGGAUUCCUGGAGAAAGAGAACACGGCGCUCAGACAGGAGGUGGCCGACCUGCGGAAGGAGCUCGGCCGCUGCAAGAACGUUCUGGCCAAAUACGAGGCGCGCCACAGCCCCCUGUGAGCCCCUGACGCGAGCCAUGCCCACCACAUGAAUAGCCCCGCCCACCACCACUUUCAAGGGACAGUCGGGGGCGCCAAUUUCUCCUCUCCUUUUUUCCACGGUUCUCCUUAAGAAGCCUGUUUUGAUUCUGCCAUGUGGACGUUCGUAUCAGUCGAUGAUCUCCUCUUGAUCUGUGUGUCGGUGUAUUUCCACUCUUUAUUCCUUCACCAACGAUGGAUCAUUUAUUUGACGCUUCUACGCGCUUCUCAUCUUUAUUUUUCCGGCGUGUUUUAUACACCUGUGACGUGGACCGAGAAGAACUGAUCAAUAACCUCCUCUGCGCUCACCCUGUGUGUCUGUCAAUCACCCGCUCCUCCCCUCCCGUCCCCCCAGAGGCCCCGCCCACUUCCCCUCUUUGAUCUUCAGAGUUUGUGUAUAAUAAUGUAUUUUAGUUGGAUAGCUGGAUGCACCUUCAGAUUUCUUUGUGUAUUUCUUACACUAGCUAGAGUCAGGGUAUGUUUUUAUUUUGUUUUCUCGAUCAUGUGUUAAUGUCAUGACUUUUAAACCAACACCAGCGCUGUUGUUUCUCUUUUUUUCCUUUUUCCCACGUCGUCCAUGGAGCAAUAAGCCUGAAUAAGCUCUUUAGAGGGCAUAAGCUAGAUUCUCCUCCUCUAAAGUUUCAUAGCGUCACGGAUGUCACUUUUGCUGUAGCACUUUCCCUCGAAGCGUUGAAUCCAUCUAGAUGUUGUGUGGCUCUGACCCCGUGCGGUGCACUAAAGCGUGUCUCACAAUCUGAUCCGGUGCAAUGUUUCUACCUACACUAUAAUCUGCCUGAUGUAUUUAUGGACUUUUUUCCUUUGAUUUUCAAUUUUUUCAAACAUAUUCAGCUGUAAAUUACUACUAUUGCUGUUAUUGUCAAGGCUGUAUAGUCAUUUUCCUAAUCGCUUAUUGUUUAAAUGGAUAUUUCGGCAUGACUAUUGGUUCACAGCCUCGCUUAUUGUUAACGGGUCUUUUUGUUUAGUUUCUCUGUUUAUAAUUGACUCUUUUGUACCCGCGGCAUGUUUUUGUAGUGAUUUUUUUGGUUGCUUUGCGUGUCUGUUGGCUGUAUGACUGUACUGAAUGUGUAAAAGGUUUCGAGCCGUGGGUUUAGCAGAAGGGUGUUGUCUCGAAUACUGCGGGUCAAACCCGAUGAGUUUGUUUACUACAGACCAAAAGAUACAGCACACAGAAGAUGAUUUAUCGAUAAAACAGAGUUUUAAUGUUCUAUAUAUCUAUAUAUUUGAAAGCUAUUCUCUACAUCGCUUUUUUCUACAGUAUUUUUCCUAUAUAAUACUGUCUGAAUAUUUUCAAGACGCAAAUCCGUAGUCAAAGUGAAAUUUAUGAAAGCAUAUAUAUAUGUAUAAGCUAUAUCUGUUCUGACGUCGUGUUUUGAUAUAUCAUGAGCUGGCCUGUAUGACGGGGAGUAAAACUCAGAAAAGCGAAACGCGUGGUAGUUUUGCUCAUCUGGGCAUUAAAAACCUCCUGCACCCUCGUGUCGGAAUAGCCUUUAGUAUUCUGUCUCAGGGAACGUUAGCAACCGGACCUCACACUUUUAUUCACAGGGAUACAAAUAUCCGUGCGUUUUGAUUCUGGAGCUCAACAAUGAUGUCAGUCAAACUCACAGUCGGUGCUUUUUUCAGCUUGGACAGUAUUGCUAUUUGUUCUUUGAAUGGAAAUCUAAAGGCUAUGCUUUCUGCUCACUUUUCUUGAGUCUCUGUCGUGCAGAUGUCGUCAUGAUUGUUCGGUAAGGCAGCUUAGAGAGCUUUCGCUUGCUUUGAAUGUUAAAAGACUUGUUGUCAAUGGAGUCACGCUGUGUUUGGAAGCGCGUACUUCACCAGUAUGUGCAGCAGGAAGUAUGCUUGUAUCAUACUGAACACAUACUUAACCUAUCAUCGGCCGCGACGUCUGAUCUUAGGUCAGCCAUUCAUUCUUGUGCAUGGCGAUGACUUCAUUGUCAACGGCGAUUCUGAAAGUCUCCAUCUGCAAAGGCCAAAGUUUAAGAUGUGUACAGAUUUAUUUUUCUCGAGGGUUGGAAGUAAUUUUGCUGUUUUUUUUUGUCACGUGUCCUGUGUUCCUUUCAUUUUGAUGUUUGUUUAUUUGUGUGUAUUGCGAGUUGCGUGUGCACAAAGCCCAAGAUGACUGUUUCCAUCUGUACAAAACUGAAAUAAAUCCAGGAUGAAGCCAGAACACUUUUUGUGUAUAAUGCCCCAUUAAAUACCUCCCCGAGGAUGAGAGGACGAGCCACCUGAGCUUUCAGAGUUUCAUCGGUGCGGUCGUCUAAGAAAACGAGAUUGGCCUUGAUUUCGUAGCUAUAGUCUAAAGCCAAAAAUAUACACAAACAUGUAUGCAAACUUAAACGCUUGUUCAUUGGAUCGCAAUUGUGCAAAAGUGGCAGUAACAAAAGCUACUAAAUUUCAAUGUCACUCUUUUUCUGUGGCAGACGUGUUUUUAUUUAGAUAGUCAGCUAUAAUCUAGUUUAAGUCUUUAUCGAUCUCGGUGGAAUUGCAUCAAAUGCAGAGAUACCUUUAUUCUGUUAAAGUUAUGUUGUAUUUUUGUAUUAAAAAGACAUCUGCUCAAUAAAUAUAUGUAAAUCUGUAAGGUCAUUUUGUUAAGUAUAUUUCAGAUAUUUGAUGUAGUAGGUAUCAAUACCGGUAAACUUGUUAGUAUCAACAUUACUUGACACUAAAUUGAAUUUUUUUUAGUUUAUGAAAGUAUAUUUUCAAGUAAACUUUAUGUGUAAUGCUAGUGAACAAAAAUGUUUUACAACAACAUUUUUUUUAUGAGAAGUAAACGAGGUGUACUUUCAGUUUGCUAUUUGUGCACUUUUCAGAAAUCAACUUUAUGUAAGUAUAGCACACUUGAAAGAAAAAGGUUGUAGGAACGUCAGUUUGUAAUAUUUGAAGAGUUUAGUUCCAAAAUGAGAUUAAAAAACAUGAUUUGUAUUAUGCGUUCCUAUUAGUAUCAAUCAAACUGCAGUUGGUUUGUUUUGAUUUAAGCCAUAAUAACAAAAAACUAAUAAAAACAUGAUAACAUAAUAAAUAAAUAUGAUUUAUCUCAUUUUGGAACCAAACUCUUCAUUUAUAGUUCUCGGUUGAAAUCUACACCAGUGAAACUCUUGAAACAUGGUGGCGUCUCGCUUUCUAGAUUUCACUACCUCAAUUCUAAAAGGAAUGAAAAACCAUAUUUAAGCAUAAUUUAGUGCAGUGCCUUGAAUGAACACACUCAUGUUAAAGUUGAAUUACUUUGAUCGGAUGGAAAUAAGGGCUCACGAGACUGAUGUUGUGAGCCUAAAAUCUCAACCCUUACGGCCCAUCUCACACAUUCAUACACAACACACACAACACAGACAGAGAUUGAUCAAUUCAUUUUUAUAAACGUAGUGGUUAAGUUCACGCUUCUCGCUGGCUGUGCGUCAGGGACCGCUGUAUUGAAGGCAACACCAUUAUAAACAGACUGAUGAGAGAAAUGACAAUGAGAUGUUUGAUUUUGUGUGUCACGCCUUUGAAGAAUAAAGCUAAAGCAGUGCUCUCUUCUGCCACCUACUGAAUCCUUCUCUUAAAUUUAGUAUCCAAUAAAGUCUUCAGUUUUUCUCUCAA